AACCUGGUUAAAUGUAGUGAAAUUUUUCUAUUCAUUUACAAUGUGGUUAUCAAAGCUGGCUGUUGUUUGCGUAUUUUUGGAGUCGUUAUCAGCUCAUGAAGAAGUUCUGCUUGAUAUUCCUCAAGGAACGUUAAAAGGCAUUAAAUCUACAACAAUUUACCAUGGAAUGCCAGUAUACAGUUUUAAAGGAAUUCCUUAUGCAAAACCUAAUAUUGGAGCUAAUAAAUUCCAAAUUUCACAACAAGCAGAUGGUUGGAGUGGAAUAAAAGAUGCUACAAGUCAUGGUGCAACUUGUGUUUUUUAUUGUAUGAUUCGCCAAGCAGUAGUUGGUGAUGAUGAUUGUCUUUUUAUCAACGUUUAUACUCCAGAUUUAAAUAAGGAUGCUAAACGUGCAGUGAUGGUAUGGUUUCAUCCAGGUGGAUUUAAUGCUGGAUCUGGUGAUGACGACGUAUAUGGCCCUGACUUUUUAGUUGAAAAAGAUGUUGUUCUUGUGACGCUUAACUUCCGUUUAGGUGCCGUUGGCUUUCUUAAUACUCUGGAUGAAAGUGCACCUGGAAACGCUGGUAUGAAAGAUCAAGUAUUAGCUUUGGAGUGGGUAAGAAAUAAUGUCGUCAACUUCGGCGGCUGUCCCGAUAGGGUAACAUUAUUCGGUACGAGCUCUGGUAGCGCUUCAGUUCAAUAUCAUGUGAUGUCACCUAUGUCACAAGGUCUAUUCAGCCGUGCAAUUAUGCAAAGUGGUUCAGCAGUUAACCCGUGGGCAUUUACUCUUAAUCCUAAAGAAAACGCCAUGGCACUUGCCGAUAAAUUUGGAAUCAAAACUACUUCUACGGCAGAGAUGGUGAAAAAAUUGGCAGAAAUUCCUACCAAAGAUUUAGUUCAGGCUUCUAGUGAACUUGCGAAAAAUCAAAACUUCUUAAGUGGCGAUAUGCAUGUUUUUGUUCCAUCAGUUGAAGGAGAUCAUGGGCAGAAGAAAUUUUUAUCAACGACUCCAUGGGAGCUGUUAAAAUCCGGAAAAAUUUCUGAUGUUCCUAUAAUAUUCGGUGUUACAGCUGAUGAAUCUGGUCUUUUUACACCAAUGGUCCUGCCAGCGGCUGACAAUUUUAUCGAUCAUUUUGAUCUCUUCAUACCCUCAGAUUUAAAUAUUACUGACGUAGCUCAACGACAAAUAAUUGGUGAAUCGAUAAAAAAAUUAUAUUUUAAUGAAAAACCUGUAAAUAGUGAAACGGCAAUGGAACUUACUAAUUUGUUGUCGGACGUAUAUUUUGUAUAUGGUGCUGCUUUGAGUGGUAAAAUUAUAAGUUCAAGAAACUCGGCACCAGUUUAUGAAUACUUUUUCACUUUUCACUCACCUGUUGGGAUGAUGAAAACAUUUUUCCAAAUGACAGACGGAGCGAUGCAUGGUGACGAAAUGACUUAUGAAUUUUAUUCAACUGCUCUUAAAAAUAAGCCACUACCGGGAUCUCCUGAGGAAAAGAAAACAAAUGAAAUUCUCGAAAUGUGGACAAAUUUCGCAAAGCAAGGAAACCCUUCAACCACUAUGGAUACAGCGAAAAUUGAAUGGAAACCAAUGGGAGCCGAUGGAAAUUACUUAGAUAUCGGUAACGAUCUUGCAAUGAAAAAGUUGAUGCUUAACGAUCGUGUCAAGUUUUGGGCGAAUAUUUAUAAAGACGUCUUAGGUGACUAUUUCAAAAUGUUCAACUAAUCUGUAACUCAAUUGUUAAUGUAAAAAUUUUUUUUUCUCAAUUUUAAUAAAAGUAUAAAUAAAUUUUUUUA